UCAGCGAGGAAUCGUCAUCAUGUGUUCGCAUUUAGGUCAACAGAGUUUGGUCGUGAUCUUGUUAGGUUUUCAAGUGUUGAUAGAUCUGAGCUUUGGGCUCGAGCAUGGGACCCUGAGCGACCCCAAUCGACCUUUGUCGAGACACAGACGGUUCCUUAUUCCCGCCGAUUCGGGAUGGACAUUCAAGACAGCGUUUUCCUUGGUCAUCCCCAUCAAAGACGUGGGUUCGAGCCUUACCCUUUCCAUUCCCUUCACAUUUAGUUUUGAUACUGGAGAGGUGAGUGGUCGGAGUUUCCGGGAUUCGCAAACUGAGCGUAUCCACGCCAUUCAUCUGAUGGAAAAGUACCUCUCCCAGGUAGGCGGGAUUGAUGGGCGUGGGUGCGUGCUGAGGACUCUUUGCGAGAUGAGCCAAGAACAGAGACAUGCCGAUGGUCUCUUGGGAGACGCCAUGAACCUUUUGCUGACGCCCAUUCACAUGCUCAAGUCGCUCUCGAACACGGAUGCUUACAUUCGAGCUCAACAGGACGGCCAUUGGAACCAGGAUUGUGUCAAAUACCACAAACAGUGUCCAGUAUCGUUAUUUGAGCUCAUGGAUACAUAUAAAAGUAUGUAA